AUGAAUUUGUUAGAAUCUGGGUUCGUCAAGCCUGAUAAGUUUACACUUAACGUUGUGAUUAAUUGUUUCUGUAAGUUGAAUCGAGUUGAUUUGGGUUUUUCUAUUUUGGGGAAUCUAUUGAAACUUGGUUAUGAACCAAACAUCACAACCUUCAAUACCCUAAUCAACGGGCUUUGUGUAAAUGCUAAGAUCGCUUUGGCGGUUAAGUUUCUUGAUGAAAUUGUGGAGAAAGGGUUCCAACCCAAUUUUAUUACUUACAACACUAUAAUAAAUGGACUCUGCAAAAUUGGAAAUACUAGUGUUGCUAUUCGUUUGCUGAGAAAGAUAGAAGAAAUUGGAGGUUGUGAGCCUGGACUAGUGGAAUACAGCACGGUCAUCGAUAGCCUUUUCAAGGAUGGACUAGUAACCAAGGCUUUCAAGCUCUUUUCGGAAAUGAUAGGUAAAGCUAUUUCACCAAAUGCGGUCACUUACACGUCAUUAAUUCAAGGUGUAUCUAGUUUACGUGAGUGGGAAGAAACUACAAGAUUGUUGAAUGAAAUGGUUGGUAAGAAUAUCUGGCCAAAUGUUCAAACUUUUAGCAUUUUAGUUGAUGCACUUUGUAAAGAAGGAAAGGCCAAAGAAGCACAAGAUGUGGUUGAAUUGAUGAUCCAAAGAGGUGUGGUACCUGAUGUUGUCACUUAUAAUGCUGUAAUGGAUGGGCACUGUCUGUGUGGCCAAGUAGAUGAGGCAAGGAAAAUGCUUGAUGUUAUAGUCAGUAGGGGUUGUGCUCCUAGUCUUUUCACUUACAACAUCUUGAUUAAUGGGUACUGUAAGAUCAAAAGCAUAGAUGAAGCCAUGAGUCUCUUUAAGGAAAUGUCUAGAAAAAGAUUGCUUCCAGAUACUAUUACCCAUACCACUCUUAUUGGUGGCUUGGCAAGAAGACUUCGAGAUGCACUUUUGCUUUUUAAUGAGAUGCAAGUUCAAGGCCAAAUUCCUAAUCUGUUUACUUACUCUGUUCUUUUGGAUGGCCUAUGCAAGAACCAACAUCUUGAUGAGGCAUUAGCAUUGUUUGAAAAGCUUGAAAACGCUGGACUAGCUCCUAAUAUUGUGAUAUACAGUAACCUAAUUGAGGGUAUAUGCCUAGGUGGGAAGCUUGAUGAUGCGAGGAAAGCUACCUGA